AUGCAUCGUAUCCUCACCUUUGUCCUCGCACUCGCAUUGCUCAUUCUUCCUAUUCUCGCAACUCCGUCACGAUUGCGACUUCCUGGCAGUGCUCUGCGUCUUGCUCGUAAACACGGAGGCGGAGAGACAGGAGACGACGACGACGGACCGGGAGGUGACAAUGACAACGACGACGACAGUAAUGCGGAUGGAAACAUUCCCGACCUUGGAGACUCUGCAGGCAUCCCUGAUGUCGCCAACGCUACCAACGCCGCUUGUGUACCCUUCUAUCCCGUCCGUGAUGCCAUUCUGGGUGGUGUAUUCGGUGGAAGAUGUACAGACCUGGCUCGGGCUUCUGUCCGACUCGCAUUUCAUGACGCUGGGACCUUCUCUCUCCGGCUCGCUGCAUUGGGCAAGCCAAAUGGUGCUGCUGAUGGCUCUCUUCUCUGGGACCCCCAAGAAGUACUUCGGGACGAGAACAAUGGGCUUCAAGAUAUUGUUGCCGCGCUAGCCCCACUCCCCCAACGUUUCAAUGUCUCUCCCGGGGAUGUUCUUCAGCUUGCGGGUGUAUUGGGUGUACUUGCAUGUCCCGGUGGACCUCGUAUCGAUGCUUGGGUGGGUCGACCACUCCCAGCAAACAAGGCUCCCAAUGGCCUCCUCCCUUCUCCAAACGACAGUGUUGAUUCUCUCCUGGGACGGUUUGCUGAUAUGGGAUUUGCACCGGUUGAUCUGAUUGCUCUUAUUGGGGCUCAUGGGACGGCAAGACAACGAUUCGUGGACCCCGCUAUGGCAGGCGAAGCUAUGGACACCACAAUUGACCUCUGGGAUGUCAAUUUCUACCGUGAUACCAAUGUCGCUACUGCCCCACACAACGUGUUCCGGCUUGCGAGUGACGUUAAUCUCGCGCACAACGCCAGCACAAAAGCGUUCUUCCAUGAAUACAUCGAUAACCAGCCUGACUGGGACCAAGACUACCGUGCUGCACAUCUGUUAAUGAGCACCCUUGGCUACAAAACUACCGAGCUCGUCAACUGCACCGAGCUGAUGCCCGCGAGCAUCAAUUUGACCCGCGUCAGCAUGCCCGACACUGUAUCCGGCAAGGCGGUGGUGGACCCAGGGCUGUUGGAGGCCGCGAUUCAGAAGUAUCGGGCUCCUUGGCUCAAGCCUUAG